AUGGCUUUAUCUCAGUACCUUGAUCAGGCUGAGACAGAUCUGGGGAUUGAUACAGUUGGAGUGAAUUUUCUUCUAACACAAAAUGUAGAGGACUUUAUCAACGAAAUAUCAAUCAACAUGGACGAAAGUGAUCAAAGCAACAUUUUGCUUUCUGAAAAUCAAGACAAAAAAUCCAUGAAUAUACCGUUGCCAACGGCGUUAGAAUGUUCUGAGACAAGCCGCUUUGAUAGCCUUGAGGAUUGUGACAUACGUGAACGACUGGAGCAGUCUGUUCCAAAAAAUACCAAAAAAUCUACAAAUUGGGCAUUAAAAGCCUUCAACGAAUGGCGUACGGUCAGAAAUGCCGGCAAACUUAGCCAACAGGUACCGCCAUUAGAGGAUUUUAAUGUAGACGAUGUGAACAACCAUCUCAGCCGUUUUCUCAUGGAGGUACAGUUUGAUUUAUUCUAA